AGUUCUGGGCGAGGGUCGUAGUACCUUAUUCGGCUGAGGAGCCAUCCCACUUCCAACUUGGCUCCAGUGCCCCCAAAUGUCAGAAGGAAAUUGUCCUAAGCUGCGGGGAAGCUAGUUAAUUGGCGUAUUCCUGGGCAUGUUUUGUCAUUUUUCAUUGCUUAGCCCCUCCCCCUGCUCCUCCAAACCCAUUUUGCUAGACUAUGUUCCUGGCCAUGGCAACUGUUUGGCAGUAGGUGGUGAUGAAUGGUGUUAACAAACUGGUGCUACACACACAGUGACAUGGUUUCACAAAGCUCAUCAUGGACAUAAGAGGAUCUCAGCCAGGACAAGCACCCCCUCCAUGUGACCCUUCACACAAUGAGGAGGCUGAUGCCAGACAGGGGUCACCAGAGCAGCACAGUUUGUCACGGCACAUCCCGUCCACGGCGACUGCCGCUCCGCCCAGUGCUGUGUCGCGCCACAGCCCUGAACCUGUGCCUGGGGCAUCUGGAACGUCACCAGAUGCCCCAGCUCCAGCCAGCUUCAGCCCGGGCCGGCCGGCCGGCGCGGCGCGCUCGUCGCCCCGGCGGCCCCGCCGGAACCGGAGCGAGCAGCCGCCGCCUGCCGACGCACCGCCCGGCGACGGUCGGCCGUCCCCGCCCGGUGGCGCGGCGUCGGCUCCGGCUGAUGGCCGUCUGCCUGCCCUAGCCCCGGCCGAUCUCGCCGCACAGCCGUCACUUGGAGUAGAAAGCCCCGGAGACGUGAACACAACACAGUUGGAUUCCCGGGGUCAGAAUGCUCAUGAUGCCACUGGCCAGCUGUCCUCCAAGCCGCAGUCGCCCUCGGUGGACAAAGCAGGUUCGGACGGGCCGGACUGCGCCAUCUGCCUGCAGGCCUGCGUCCACCCCGUCCAGCUGCCCUGCCUCCACGUCUUCUGCUUCCUCUGCGCCAAAGGAGCUGCCAAAAACUCCAAACGGUGCGCCAUGUGUCGCGCUGACCUGCCCCUCGACUACCUGGAGCACCCACGCCUGCUCAACGAGACUCAGCUGCAGCGCGAGAUGGCGCUCUCCGAAGGCUACCAGUGGUUCUAUGAGGGCAGAAAUGGCUGGUGGAAGUACGACGAGCGGACGAGCGCCGAGCUGGAAGCGGCGUUCAACGGCGGCCAGAAGCGCGCCGAGCUGCUGGUGGCCGGCUAUCGGUACGUGGUGGACCUGGAGGCGAUGCUGCAGCUGCGGCGCUCCGACCCGGCCCGCCGGCGGCGGGUCAAGCGUGACCUGGCCUCCGAGCCCAAGAAGGGCGUGGCGGGCAUCCGGCUGGGAGGGCAGCCGUCGCCGCCGGCCGGGGACGCCGCCGUGCCGGCCGUGGAGGUGGCGCUGUCCAGGCUGCACAUCGGCCAGCCGCCGCCGCUGCCGGAGGAGGAGGGCGAACAGCGGUGGACGCUGCACCUCGACUCGGACGAGGACCUGCUGUGAUCGGGCUCCCGGGAGCCGGGGGAGGGGCUGCCCGGCGCGCUCGGGAGCCGGUCGCUCACGCUGCGGCUGGAUGUCUCGUGUGCGCUGAGGAUCGCGCCAGGGCCCGGCGCGCUGGAGGGAGGCGGCCACCGGCGGACGUGGUUAUGGCUACUUCCUGUGUUGAAUGGAUUGGGGUUCGGCUCGGUCUGUCCCGACACCUGGCGCGACCAUUGCUAUUGUUAUAAACUGAAGGCUUUAUCUUUAUUUGUGUUAACCCAUACGUGCGUUUAUGUGUCGUGCACACGAUGGAGCAGGUGCGCGAUGUCCUUUACUCAGUGUCAACGUUCCAGAUGAUGGCUCAAUACAGCAUCGACGCCGGGUGUAAAUGUCGGUCACUAGUGAUGUGUUGGCUGGGUUUGGAGACGCAAGUUUGUGGAUCAGCGUAUUGGGUAAUAUAAGUUUGAG